AUGACUGCUACAAUAUCACAUUCAGCUCAGUUUGAAGCUAAUGGAAAGAAACAGAGUAAUAGCCCAACUAAGGUGCCCAACAAGUACUUGGUAAAUAAACCUUUACCAAUACCGUCAUCGUCAAAUCAAGGUGCCGAUGGUGACACAUUUGUUCAUGAAUUCAACAGAAAUGAUGUUAGAGAAUUGAUCCAUACAAUAACACAGGAGCUUAAAAUUAAAGGUAAUAAGACACCAUUGGUUAUAUUGGCUUUCAGGCCAAAAGUUGAUGAUUCAAAACUUUCGUUUUUCUUGACUCAGGUGUUUCCUAAUGGAACAAAACCUGCACCUAUAAACGUUAUUGAGAGAGCAGUGAAAAACACAGACGAGUUUACUUUGAUGGCUGCUUUAAAGUAUCUAUGGACAAGACUACCCAUGAACUCAAUUAUUGGCUGGGAUGCCUAUGAGACUUUCAAGAAAUUGGAAGCUAAAUCUGAUUACCCCAAAAAGGCUUUUUUGGAAUUUAUGCCUCAAUGUUUAACAUCACCAGCUCAUGCAUCCAUUGUUUAUGAUUUUUUGGACCUUCUUGUAUCUUUAUCAGCUAACGCUAAGGAGAAUCAACUAAGUGGAAGAAAAAUUUCCAAAAUGGCUGGUAUUUGGGCGUUUCAUGGUCCUCCAAAUUCUGCAAAUUUAACCAAAUCAAGAUUGGACCCAACUGAAAAUUCGUUUAGAGAAGGGUUGAGGGAUUGGCUGCCUGCUGCUGAUGCAAUGUUUCAUAUGCUUCUUUCAUUUUUGAGAUCCAUGUUGCCUGAUGAUCAUAAUACCAAGCUUCAAUUACCAAGAACAUUACAAGCUUUAUUGGCUAGUAAUUCUUACCCUCCACCUGAUUUGACAUAUUCAUCUUCCACAUUGGUGAGCGUUCCACUUGUUACAAUACGCUCAAGCUCACUUUCAAGAUCGCCUAUUGAACUAUUGAACAAAAUACCCAAAGUGUUACGUUUUGAUAAUCCAAAUGAUUUUGAAGCUAAAGAAGAUUACGCACUACUGAAAUCUUUGUGCAAGAAUGAUGCAAAUAUUUUGAACAAACUGUCAAAUGAAUCCAGAAGAAUAAUUGGGUUGUUGUGUAAGAAAGCAGAUGAAAGUAAUCUGAAUGCUGGUUGGCCCGAGUAUAAUCCACCUGCUAACCUUUUGCAGAAACAAACAGAGGUUUUGGUUUCAAGAGUUUCUAUUGAUGAUUACUUUAUCUGGACCUGGAUGUCAAGUAUGUCCUUUGAGGAAACUGCAGCUAAAAAGAAGCUAUUUGGUAGAUCUUUAAUUUCAGAAUUUGUUUUUGAUGGAUUUAAGAAAUGGAUCAUUGUUGAGGAACAAAAUAUUGAAUCAAGUUUCAGAAAUCAUGAACCUCCUUUACCUGAGAAACCAAAGUCUCAGAAACGCAAUGUUUCGGGACCUCAACCUCAUUACACUUCAUUACUAGGUGAUGAACCUUUACCUGCUGCAAAACCUAGAUCAAAGCCAAGAGUUCUACAAGAAUCUCUUGUUCCAAAUGGCAUUCAACCACCUGUCAGAAAGACUUCAAGCUCAUUGUCGCCUAAAUUAGGAUUCUUGAAACCAUUGAAGAAAUUUCACCAUAAUCAAAACGAGGAAAAUGCCAAACCACUACCCCAGCCAGGCCUAAAUCCACAACAUCAUAAACCAUUACCAGAAGAAAGGCUGCAACAUUGGGAAUCGCCUGAGAAAGUUGAAUCUUUGCCUGAAAUUGAAACAAAUCAAUAUAGAUUAAGUAUACCCCUUGAUAGUUUUGGAUUUGAUGAUGAUUAUGAACAACAAAAACCUGCACAGGAUUCAUUUUAUCAUUCUCAACAGCAUCAAAAUUAUCCAUAUGCAACAACAAAUGAAUAUCAUACUACUGCACCACCAAGAAGAAGUGAGCAAUACCAAGAGUCACCAACAUAUUAUGAUCAUGAUAAUAGAUACAAUACAACCAAUCAGUACGAUCCCCAAAGCUACAAUGCUUAUGGUGAAUCUGAAUACAGAAAUUUGAGACCACGGUCACCAAACAGAGAUGUUGCACGGGAAACAAGAAAUGCAAUUGAGACUUUUGAAGCUCCAAGUUCUCCUCAUAAAGAAAACGGUCUUCAAAAUGGAUCAAUAGAGGAUCUCACCAAGAUGGUUAGUCAAUUGGCGUAUCAGGUGAAUCAAGUUGAGUCCAAGAUUGAUGGUGGAGCCUCUAGACAAGGUUCUCCUGUUAGGGAAUUACCAUCCUUGAACAAACAUGAUCAUCAUGCUCAACCAUCAGAUGCCACUGUGUCUAGUUGUGAGUCAUCAUCAACAGUCUCAAAACCAAGGAGAAAACCACCACAGGAGAAUAAUGGCUACAAAGAUAAUGGACCACAGAAUGAUUAUGAUUACAGCCAUCACUACCAACAACAACAACCACCACCUGCUGUCUAUGGAACCCAAACUCCCCAAGUUCCAAUGGGUAAUACAAAUAGGUAUUCAACUGCUGAAUCAUUUUCAAAUAUUUCAAGACGAUCAGAUCACAGUCCAAUAAGGCAACAUCAACCUCCAACACCAUUGAGCAAAAAUGAUCACGAAGGUCGGUUAAGAAGUGCUGUUACAUCUGAUAAUACCGAGCGUGAUAGUUUCUACAGUGCAACCCAGUCAAUUGAUCAUGCUCAAGCUGAUUUGAGAGAAAGUACCCCAACAACAAAUCCAACCUCUGAUGACUAUCAAGACGCUGAAGAUAAAAUCAUAAAUGAUGAAAUAAAGAGGUUUUCAGGAGCUUCACAAAAGAGAUACCCAGAAAGUAUUAUUGAAACUUAUGCCGCACCAUCUGUUCAUCAUGGUACUGAUAGUGAUGGUUCAACAUUUACAAGCCCAACCAAAUCAAACCAAUCACCAUAUCAGAAUAAAAGGUAUAGUAAUCCAAGCUCGAGCCCAAAUAGAUUACCAAAUAUACCUGAGCCGCUAGACACUAGUGACAUUCAUUACAUACCCGAACCAACUGUUGACAGUGGUAUUCCAAUUCCAACACCAUCACCACCAAGAAGUCCUAUCAAAAAUAUUUCACCAGCCAGAGGGUAUGAAAAAGAUCAAAAAGUUGCUGCAGUUCAAUAUAAUGGAUCAAACUCGUCAUUACAAGUUCCAGCAAACAAUUAUGCUCAAAGUGCUGAAUCUUUCAACAAUCAAUUUGAUGCUAGAAGAUAUUCACCAGAUAAUCGUUCUUAUAACAGUCAAAAUAGUGAUGAAAGAAGCUCAAUUCCUUCAAGACAAAGUCGUUCACAACAGGUUCCUGGAGCGAGCACAUCAUCCCAAAGUUUGAAUUCCAAUUCAAAUUACCAACCAAAGGGAUUAGAGUCUCAAAGCUACACUGCACCUCAGCAUUACUCUACACCCCAACGCCAGAAAGCUCCACCUGCAACUUCACCAUAUCGCGUUUCACCACCUGGUCAACAACAAUAUUCAAAUCAAGUUUCUCAUCAACAAAUGUAUAAAUCACCACCACCAAAAGGGCCUGGAAAUUUUGGUACACCAUCCCCUGGACAUGGCUCAAACUUAUCAGUUCCACAAUCAGCACCACCACCAAGACAAAGAUCACCAAGAGGUAUGCCUAUUGGAGCACAAAGACCUCAAUCAGUUUCACCUGCUCGCAGUCAAGGUUUUUCAAGAUCUCAUCAACCACCACCUCAAGGCUAUUAUCCACCACCACCUCAAGGAUAUUACCCACCACCACCUCAAGGCUAUCCUGGAUAUGGUGCUCCUCCACAAGGCUAUCCUCCUCAAGGCUAUUAUCCACCACCACCGCAAGGUUAUUAUCCACCGCCUCCACAAGGUUAUGGUUAUCCUCCAGCUCCAGGUUUCAGCCAUCAACCAUCACCACCACCACCAGCCAAUUCAACCAAUGCUGCAACAAAUGGUGCCAGUGAAUAUGCGAUUGGGCAUUUACCAACAGCAGGUGGUGUAAACAAGUUGCAUAGAGUCAACAAGACUGAUAAGAAGAAUCUACGUAAUGCUUUGACACAAGGUGAUUUUGGUAUUUGA